AUGGCAUCACAGAAUCGAAGCUCCAGCUCCUACAGCACCGGCAGCACAAGUAACCUGAUCAGUACGCAGUAUGGGACCCCUCAGAGUACCAACAAUUCGCAUCGACGAACAAGCGCAUAUAACCCGUACCCCACCACGACAGAAGAAUACACGACGCUGUCUCGCCCCCAGACCGCCCGUCUCAGCGCAGCUUGUCCAAGCACAGCACGACCACGCACGGGUGUAUCCACACUCGGAGCCGAGAACCAGGAAAUCAUUUGCGCCGUCAGCGAGUCCCGCGGCAUAUCACCGACAAUAGGACUAGCUUUUGUGAACACUGAGACCUGCGAAGCCGUACUAAGUCAAAUCUGCGACAGCCAAACAUAUGUCCGAACUAUCCACAAGCUCAUGGUAUACAACCCUUCCAACAUCCUGAUUGUAUCUUCUGCAUCUGCUCCGAAGUCGAAGCUUUUCUCCAUCAUCGAGGACAGCCUGCAGGAGAUCCAAUCUAAUCUCACGCUCCUUGACAGGCGAUAUUGGGCGGAGACGACGGGAGUGGAGUAUAUUCAGCGACUCGCCUUCUCCGAGGACGUCGAAGCGAUCAAGACCGCAGUCAGCGGCAACUACUAUGCCCUUUGCUGCUUCGCAGCUGCGUUGAAAUAUGCCGAGCUUGGCUUGACUAAGAGAUUUCCUGACCGCUCAUUGCGCAUUAAAUAUGAGCCGUCCGAAGGUUCGAUGAUGAUCGACCUGUCCACCAUCCAUUCGCUCGAGCUUGUGCAGAACCUCCAUCACUCCAAAUCUAAAGAUUGUUUGUUCGGUCUGCUCAACGAGACGCUUACUCCGAUGGGUAGCCGCUUCCUGCGGACCAAUAUACUCCAGCCGUUGACCAGCCCUGAGACACUCACUGGCCGUUGGGAUGCUUUAGAAGAACUCAGCACGAAGGAGGAGAUGUUCUUCAAUGUGCGGCAGUCGCUGAAGCCGUUCCUCGAUGUCGACAAGAUGCUCACUCAGCUCAUCCUCAUCCCCAUGCAGCCUACGCUCAAAGAUACUGAGCAAGCCAUUAACAACGUCAUAAUGCUGAAGCAGUCUGUCAUUUUCAUCAAGCCCGUCUUUGAAGCUUUGACUGGCGCACGCUGUGAUCUACUCCAGCACAUCCGCCGCUUGUGCGCUGUCGAGAAUGUCGAGCGUAUACAGGAGCUCAUCGAUAGCACUAUUAAUGAAGACACUACCUACGCUACGCAGCCGCUCGAUCUGCGCAACCAGCGCACAUAUGCAGUCAAGUCCGGCGUCAACGGGCUGCUUGAUGUUGCACGUCAGACCUACAAGGAGGCAAUGUCCGAUGCAAUAAAGCAUAUCACGGAUCUUCGAGAAGAGAAUAGCCUGACACUGCAGACUAAGUUCGACAGCAGUCGCCAUUUCUACAUGCGAAUUCGCGCUGAAGAGCUUGAGCAGCGCAACCUGCCCGCUGUCUUCAUUAACGUCUUCCGGAAGAAAGAUCUGAUCGAGUGCCAAACUCUUGACCUGCUUAAACUUAACCAGAAGAUUGCUGAUGCGCAUGCAGAAGUCUUGAUGAUGAGUGACAGGUCGGUUCAGCAAUUAAUCGAAGACAUUAGAGAGCACAUUUCUGUGUUGUUCAAAAUCUGCGAAGGCAUUGCCAUGCUUGAUAUGCUGUCCAGUUUCGCGCAGGUUGUCACUAGCCAAGACUAUGUGCGGCCUACCAUCACCAAUGGCACACUCGCCAUUAGAGCCGGCCGCCACCCGAUGCGUGAGAAGAUCCAGCAGGCGAAGUUCAUCCCGAAUGACGUCUACACUACCCAACAAAACCGCUUUCAGAUCAUCACGGGUUGUAACAUGAGCGGCAAAAGCACCUACAUUCGAUCCGUCGCUCUCAUGACGGUAAUGGCGCAGAUUGGGAGCUUCGUACCAGCGCAGUACGCUGCCUUUCCCAUCAUCCGCCAACUGUUCGCUCGCGUGUCAACAGAUGACAAUAUCGAAGCGAAUGUGUCUACGUUCGCCGCCGAGAUGCGCGAGACAGCCUUCAUCCUCCGUAAUAUCGACCGCAACAGCAUGGCCGUCAUUGACGAGCUUGGCCGUGGCACAGGUACCCGAGACGGUCUGGCCAUCGCUCUCGCCAUCGCCGAAGCGCUUGUUGAAAGCCGUGCUUUAGUGUGGUUCGCAACUCACUUCCGUGACAUCGCAACCAUUAUGGCUGAGCGCAACGGCGUCCAGAACCUGCAUCUUGCCGUCAACUCUAGCGAGCAGGAUAGAAUUGAGAUGCUUUACCGCGUCUCUGUGGGUACGGUGCAAGAGGAGCACUACGGCUUGAAGCUUGCCAGGGUCCUGCCCUUACCAGCAGACGUCAUCGAACAUGCCGAGCACGUGGCGCUGGCUCUUGAGCAGCAGGCGCGAAAGAAGAAAAGAAGCUCGCUUGCGGUCCUGAACGCGAGGAAGAGAAAGCUGAUCUUGAAUCUUCGUGAGCACUUGCUGCAAGUGAAAGAGGGAACGAUGAGCGAUGAGGAUCUCAAGCAGUGGUUGAAGGACUUGCAGAAGGAAUUUGUCAUUCGGAUGACCGCGCUAGAUGAGGAAGGGCGGCAGCUGGCCGAAGGUGCUCAUGGCGAAGACGAGCGUGAGGCGACGGCAGAAGAUGGCGCGACCGAGAUCGAACAUGAACGCCCUGUCAGCGCUGUGACCUCACACGACACACAGCGAUGA